UCUUUUCCCAAUAUCACCAUCUUAUCAAAAUGUCAAUGCCUCGAUUAAUUAUCGUUGCGUUCACGUUGUUGCUUUUAGGUUUAGCAUGCAAUGCCCAACUUUCCUCUUCAUUUUACGAUCAAACUUGUCCCACGGCACUCACCACUAUUAGAACUGUUAUUAGGCAAGCAAUCUCUCAAGAACGUCGUAUGGCUGCAUCUCUCAUUCGCCUUCAUUUCCACGAUUGUUUUGUUAAGGGAUGUGAUGCGUCCAUAUUGCUUGAUGAUACUCCCUCUAUGGUUGGAGAACAAAAUGCAGCACCCAACAUAAACUCUGCUAGAGGUUACGGGGUGAUACACAAAGCUAAGACUGAAGUUGAGAAGAUAUGUCCUGGUGUUGUAUCUUGUGCAGAUGUUCUUGCUGUAGCUGCAAGAGACGCUUCUUUUGCUGUUGGCGGUCCAUCUUGGACAGUAAAACUUGGAAGAAGAGAUUCUACCACUGCAAGCAAAACUCUAGCAGAGAACGAGCUUCCACAUUUCCAAGCAAGUCUUGAUAGACUUAUUUCCAUCUUUGCAAAUAAAGGACUUAGUACAAGAGAUAUGGUUGCACUCUCAGGUUCUCAUACUAUAGGACAAGCCCAAUGCUUUCUUUUCCGUAAUAGGAUAUACAACCAAAGUAAUAUUGAUACAGGAUUUGCUAGCACACGCCGUAGAAAUUGUCCAACAUCCAGUGGAAAUGGAAAUUUGGCACCACUUGAUUUGGUCACACCCAAUUCCUUUGACAAUAAUUACUUCAAAAAUCUUGUUCAAAAAAAGGGUUUACUAGAAACAGAUCAAGUCCUCUUUAAUGGAGGAUCAACAGAUAAUAUUGUUACAGAAUACAGUAGAGAUCCAACUGCAUUCAAAUCAGACUUUGCGGCUGCAAUGAUUAAAAUGGGAGACAUCGAACCUCUCACUGGUUUAGAAGGACAAAUAAGAAAUAUAUGUGGCGCUAUUAACUAA